CGCAUGCGUAUAUCACCUCCCUUAAUAUCUUAGCCAUUGCCAUGUAGAGCUCUUUGGCAUUUUAGCUAAAACUGCUUCAGUUUUGAUUUAUUUCCAGGUUUAAAGAAAUGUCCGAGCUUAAAGCUAGUGUAUCGUGUUCUCCGCAGUGUGCGGAAACAGACAAUAUCAAAAAUACAGACGAUAUCAAUCCAGAAACAGUACAAAACACUAACACCAAUAUUUCUCAGGUUGAAGAAGGGUCUCAGAGUGACAGUGAUUUUCUCAAAGGCUUGUUGACGGAUAACUUCUGUCAUGUGUGUGAAGCAACCCUGAUUCACGAGUCCCAGAGAGUUUCUCAUUAUGAGGGGAAAAAGCAUGCACAAAGGGUCAGGAUGUACCUGAACAACAAAGCUAAAAUGAUCAAACCGAGCCAAGAAUGUGGAGGCUUGUUGAGAGGUCUGUCUGCAGAGAAGUUCUGCGAGCUGUGCAGCAUGGUGUUCAGCUCUCCCACUGUGGCCAAGUCGCACUAUGAGGGCAAAGUUCAUGCCAAGAACAUGAGAAAAACCAAUCCUCCACCACCUGGAGUGCCCGUCGUAGAAUCCACAUCUCCUGUUGCCCUCCCAUCAGUGAAUACUGUGCAAAAUCCAAUCAGUCAGGAGCAGAGCGACACUUCUGGUUUGGCUGAUCAAGAGAUUGACCUCAGUGAUCCCAACAAGUACUGUGCUCUGUGCAGUGCUUCCUUCAACAACCCUCUGGUUGCUCAGCAGCACUACAGCGGCCGGAAGCAUCAGCGGAACCAGUCCCGACAGGAAAUGCUGGACCAGAUGGGGGAACAGUCAGAACAUGUGAGCUCCCUGACUUGUCCGAUUUGCUGUCUGACGCUCAGCUCAAUAGAGAUGUACCAGGCACACAUGCAGGGUAACAAACACUUUGUCAAAGAGAAGAAAGUUAUUGAGCUGUGCAAAUCUCAGAAGAAAGUGUAUGACUCCUUCCAGGAUGAGCUGGCUGACUACAUCCAGGUGCAGAAGGCCCGGGGACUGGAGCCCAAAGCAGGGCUGGGCACUGUGGGACAAGCAAGCAAGGUUCUGGAUGAGAGUGCAACAGAAGGUUCACUGACAGGAGAAGAGAUACCUCAUCCUGGCCAGUUGAUACCCCACCCUGGCCAGUUGAUGCCACAUUUUCCGCCUCCUGGUUUCCCUCGACCUCACUGGCACCCACAAUUCCAGUCUCAGGUCCCUCAGUUUGGCUUUGGGGUGACUGGCCCUGUCCCACCCUAUCAGCCGGGAUAUAUACCACAUUCCCGUCCUCCAUUCAUACCUGGUCAACUAUAUAAAAAGGGGAGGAGCCCUGAUUCAUUUAGCUCCUCCUCAUUCUCAGGCUCCUCCUCCUACACUAGCAGCAGUAGUGACAGCAGCAGCAGUUACGACAGCAGAGAGAGGAGGAGACGGAAGAAGAAGAUGAGAAAGCACGGAAAGAGCAAAAGAGAUCAGGAGGAUGGGUCUGAUACGGAAAAGAGAGGAAGGGAAGGAGUAGCGGAACGAGGGGAAAGGAAAAAGAGGCGGAAGGGAGACAGGAGAGGAAGUGUAGAAGGAGAAGAUGAUAGAAAUAAGAAAUGGAAGGAGAGAAGAAAAAGAGAUAGAAGCUCUAGUGAAGAUGAGGAAAGCAGAAGUAAAAGAAGACAAAGCAAGAAAAGGAGGAGGCAUAGGGAUGGACAUCAUGAAAAGAGACAAAAAGAAGAGGAGCUCUUGGAGAAACAAGAAGUUGAAGUGCAAAAUGAGGAAGCACAGGGAAGGAUGGAGGAACAUGGGGAGGAAAGGACAGAAACAAAAGAUGGCAAACAAAAACAUAAAAAAGAGAAGAAAAAAGGAAAAGAGAAGACAAACCAAGAAGACAACAGGACAGAGGAGGAAAGGCUCUGGGAUGAGACUAUUCUUGGUGUUUUUUAAAGACUAUUCGAUGAUGGUUUGACAGUAUUGUUGUAAUAAAACUGCACGGGACCUCAGAAGAGCACUGAAAUCUCCUGGACCCAUCUCACUAUUUAUGCUCUCUGAAGAACUCUUAAGGCCUUUCUUUCAUACAGAAAUUCAUCUGCUCUCAAUUCCUUUUUAAAGGAUCAAAAAAUGACAAUUUUGUCAUCAUUUACUCACCCUCAUUUCAUUUUCAACCCAUAGGACUUUCUUUUUUCACUGGAACACAAAAGUAAAUGUUUUGAAGAAUGUUCAUGGUACAUUUUGCCAAUGCAAUGGAAUGGAAGCUGUCAGUCUCCAAAAAUAUGUAGUCAAUACAACUUGUGCACUAUAUUCUGAAUUUUAGUGAGGUACAGAUCAAAAUUUAUGUUGAUAUUCACUUAAAAUAUUGAAAAUGAUUCCACAUAUUCAAACUUGCUGUGACACUCAAGAACCUACAGUGUUUGUCAAACACAAAGCUGUUAUAUUGUGUCAAAAGACUUCAUAUUGCAAGUGGUUUGAGCAACCUGGUACAUUUAAGGUGCUUUCUUUGUCAUUUUUAGAGCUUUACAGCAUUAAUCCUCUUACACAGUGUGGAAAAGAGCAGUGUAAACAUUAUUCUAAACCUCCUCUUUUGUGUUCCACAGAACAAAGGAAGUCAUACAAGUUUGGAAUGACAUGAGGGUGAGAAAAUGGUGUGAAAAUUGUCAUUCUAGGAUGAACUAUUCCUUUGAAUGCUCAGGACUACAGACUAUAUAGGAUGUCUCUAGAGCUGCACUUCUCUCUUGGAGAAAUCAGUAGAAAUUUUAUACCUUGUGAUGUGAUGCAAAAACACUACAUGAGCCAUCCACCCAUGUAUCCUUCAACUUGCUUCAGGCUUUUCAUCAAAUAAAUCCCUCUCACUGUUUAUAUCAGCAUAGAUAUAGUAUUUAUUGUUGAAUGUUUUCUAAAAAUCUCAUACAUGAACUUUUCCUUAUGUUCAUGACUUAUUAGAAGCAUUUCCACUUUUAGCCUCAAGGGGGUGCUGAUUGCCAGCAUGAACACUGUAUCUGGAUCAGCCUUGAAAUGCUUUUCAGACCCUGACUAGAGUUGUCUGAAUAGAGGUUAGAUUUGUAUAUUAUAAACAUUUCCCUGUAUCAGAAGAGCUGCAAUCCUUUGUUUUGUUGCAUUUCUGUGUGUGUGUGUGUGUGUGUGAAAGAGUAAUGUAACAUCAGCCUCAUUCGAUGCAGCAGCAGCAUACAGGAAUAUUUUUGUUUGCAGGUCUAACAGGUGCAGAAGUUGAAUGAGGACAAGACUACUCUGUUGACCUCUUUCUUGCAUAGAGCUGUAUUUCCCUUUUUGAGAGUUCAAACAAUUAUCACAAUCAAGAAAAAUUGUUGUGCUGCGCAUCUGAUAUCCAAUGGCCCCAUUAAACAAUUUUCAACUCAA